AUGAGCCAGACAGUCCAAGUCCCAACAUUGCUUCAGACCCUGCUUCCAAGUCCUGAGGGGCAGCUGAGUGACAAAGCCAACAGAGUCAGUCCUGAGGGGACCACAGUACUUCCCCCAUCCUACCAUAGACAACUCUACUCCCUUGGUCCCAACCCAUUCCAGGGAGCAUUGAGGCCCAAGAAGAUGAGGGGCUCAACCAUGCAGCUACUCCUGUUGGUGCUGGGGCUGCUCAGCCUGAUGACUCCACAUGCCUAUGGUCAGGACCAGAAAUACCAGGAUUUGGUGAAUAGAUUCAUUCAACAAUACAACAAGAAUUCAGGAUCAGAAAACGUCUUUCGUCUCUCAAUCCUGGAUCUGCAGUCUGGGGAAAACAACGAUACUGCUACUCCUCAACUUCUGAGCUUCACCAUCAGAGAGACUGUGUGCCCCAAUACUGAAAAUCGCAAUCCAGAUGAAUGUGACUUCAAGGAAAAUGGGGUGGUGAAAGAAUGCGUUGGAGCCAUUGCCCUGGAUUCUCCCAAUCCCUCUGCUGAUAUUUCUUGUGAUGGGCCUGAAAAGAUCAAGAGACGUAGUUUGAGGAAGAGACUGAAGAAACUGGGGAAGAGCAUUGUGAAAAGAUUAAAGAAUUCUAAUAUUGGAUUUUCUAUCCCACUUCCAGGCUAG